AUGGAUAAAUUAGAUACUCAGGAAGACCUAACAGCACUUGAUGAGCAAAUCGAUGAUGACAAGGUUGGGGAUGUUCCUGCUGCUGUUAACCCUGUGGGUGAAGAGGUGCAGUCUUUGAUUGAUGAGAGUCCUGAAACAACAGAGGAGGUGGAGCUGCAUCUAACAGUACCUGAAAAUGAAGAACAUCCUGAAGUCACAGAUGUAACUGAAGAAAAGGCACCAACUGCAGACCUGGGGCCACCCUUAAUGAUAAGUAAGACUGUUGAAGAGGAAGAGGAACCCAAAACUGUUAAUGAGGAGCAUUUGAUUGGAGAUGUGAAACAAACAGAAGAUGAUACUCUUCAAAUAGAAGGUUGUCCACCUGAGAUAAUAUCAAGCCCUACUGUUGAGGAAGAAACAGAGCAAAUAGAAGAACCGAUGACUAAGGAACGUGAAGAACUCCUGGAAAGAUACACGAUUCUAAUGGAAGAGAAAAAGAGGGUAACCCAGAUGAACAGUGAAAUCCAAAAUAAACUAGCAAACUACUUCUGCAGUUAUCCUGCAUAUGAUACACAAGAUAAGAAACAAAUAACACCACUGGACCUGGAAAAGCAAUACUUUGCUUGCACCAGCAACAUUGAGAAUCUAAAAAAACUGCACAAGGAAGCCUUGGAGAGAUCUGAAAAACAAAUAGAAAAUUUGAGGACGAAACAGGAAAAAAUAGCUAAUAAGGUGGAGAAUCAGUUUAAAGCACUGUCAGCAAAGAAAAGAAUUAUCCUGGUGGAAGAGCUGAGGACUAGGUUAGGUACAGUAGCCGCUCUAAGGGAGGUGGAAAAGUUCCAAACUAAUGAACGGCAGAAGGAAACUGAGAUAAUACAUGUGAGGCUGGACAAUAUUAAGAUAAAGCACAAGAACAAGAAGCUGUACAACAUACUUCGAUCCAAAGAAGAAGUGCGAGAAAGAGUACACUUAACUGACUUUGAGCAAAUGAAAGAAGAAAGCCUAACCCAUGGUGAGAAAAUAGACAAGCGAAAUGCAGAGGUUCUUGCAUUAGAAAAUAAAUUCACCGAUACGAUUACCAAUCUUACACACAUCAGGGAGAAGCUGCUGCACACAGAAAAGAACACUGAGAAGAAAAAAGCACAUCUUGUUAACUUGGAAGCCAUACUUAGCCAAAAGCAAGCCAUGCUUAGAAAGACUAAGAAAAUCAGAGACAACCUACGGGAGGACAAUAUUGUGCUGACACAGCAGUGUGAGUUCCUUGGAAAUAAAGUGCUGCUUGAUGAUUAUGAAAACAAAAUGGAUGACACCAUGAUGUUCAGCCAGAAGCUAGAUGCACUAAGACAAAAAUACGCUGAAUUUAAAAUGACAUGUCAAGUGGUCAAGAACAGACUAGGUAAGCCCACUUAA